GAAAAGGAGGGGGUGGAGAGAGGAGAACUGCAUUAUUGGAAGGUUGCACUGUUGCAGAAGCCAUCAAAACCAAUCCCCAAUUAACCUGGCUUGAGGACAAGGAAAAUGAGAACAAAUGAACAAAAACCCAGAAACAGAUGAUGAUCAGUGAAUCAGAGAGACAGAGAGAGAGAGAGAGAGAUGGAGAGGGGAGGAGGGUGUGAGGGAGAGGAAAAGAAAAUGAGAGAAAAGGAUGGUGUGGAUUUACCUUGUCUCUGUCGAUCCGAUUAUUUAAUCUUGUACUGUGCUGACACAUGAGAUAUGAAACAGCUUUAUCGAUCCAUGGUGAAAUCAAUCUCUCGCUCUCUCUCUCUCUCUCUCUCCCUCUCCCCCUUCCCCUCCCCCGUCCCUCUCUCUCUCUCUCUCUCUCUCUCUUCUUUAUAAUUUUUUCUCUUUCUAAUUUUCUAUUUUCUUUCUUCUUUCUCUCAUAAAACUACUUUCUGUUCCCUCCCUUUCAUUUUCUUCACUGACAGAGGAAUACCUGCACACUUUCUCACGCACGCACGCAUACUCAAAACAGAAGCAGAGCCCACUCCUCAGACACAUACAUCACCCCCCCUUUCUCUCUCCCUCUCUCUGUAUCUCUCUAGCUAUAUGGAUAUGAUAAGGGCCGCAGCAGAGCACAGAGAGACAUCAGAGAACAGAAGAGGACAGGGCAGAGAACCCAGAUUUUUUUCCAGCCAGAUCAUACCUUAUUAUUUCGCCUUUCCCUCUCUGCCACACCAUUCAUCAAAUCCCUAUGAAACCCCUUAUAACACUCUUCCCCAACCCCACCAUCCAGACUCUCCUCCUCCUACUACUACAACUACAUUCCCCACCAUCCUCUCCCUCCCCCCUCCUCCAUGAUCGCUGUCCCUACUUUGAUUCUUUUGGCUUUUUUCUGUCUGGGUUUUCAUGGAAACUUGAGAAGCAAGUGAAUUUUUAGGUUGGAUUUUGUUGGGAACCCUAGGAAUCAGAAUCACCCACCUGUUCUUGGUUUUACUUGUUUCUGGUUUUUGGAUCAUGGAUGCUUACCAUCACUUUGACAACAGUGAUGCCCAUUUGCCUCCUGGGUUCCGGUUCCACCCGACCGACGAAGAGCUCAUCACCUACUACCUCAUCAAGAAGGUCCUCGACAGCAACUUCACCGGCCGUGCCAUUGCCGAAGUGGACCUCAACAAGUGCGAGCCAUGGGAGCUUCCUGAAAAAGCAAAGAUGGGAGAGAAGGAGUGGUACUUCUUCAGCCUCCGCGAUCGGAAGUAUCCAACUGGCCUCCGAACCAACCGGGCCACAGAAGCUGGCUACUGGAAGGCCACUGGGAAAGACAGAGAGAUUUACAGCUCGAAGACUUGUUCACUUGUGGGGAUGAAGAAGACACUCGUUUUCUACAGGGGGAGAGCCCCGAAGGGAGAGAAGAGCAACUGGGUCAUGCAUGAAUAUCGCCUGGAAGGCAAAUUCGCCUACCAUUACCUCUCCAGGAGCUCCAAGGACGAGUGGGUCAUUUCCCGUGUGUUCCAGAAGAGUGGCUCCAGCGGCGGCGGAGGGGCUACCGGAGGGAAGAAGGCGCGGCUGAGUUCCACCGUUAACCUUUACCCAGAGGUGAGCUCGCCCUCGUCGGCCUCCCUCCCGCCCCUCCUCGACGUCUCUCCCUACGCUGGUACUUCCGCCGCCGCCGCCGUCAAUGACCGCGAGAGUUGCUCCUACGACGGCGGCGAAAGCAGCAACAACAGCAAUGCGCGUGACCAGCACGUGCCCUGGUUCUCCACAAUCGCCGCAGCGGCCGCAGCCGCUGCUGCCAACUCCUUCAACGCCCACCACCAACCCCCGCCGUUCGACCUUGCUCCCCCUUCCAUCAUCGGUUCAAUCGACCCCUCCCGCUUCCCGCGAAACGGCGCCGUUCCAGCUUUUCCCAACCUGAGGUCUCUCCAGGAAAAUCUGCACUUGCCUUUCUUCUUCUCCCAGGUAGCCCCACCAAUCCCCAGCUCCGGUGACCCCUCCACCGAGAUGGGCAUCACCAAUUCGGCUGGAAACUGGCCGGCCCCAGAAAAUCAAAAGAUGGACAACGGCAGAUUACCAAUGGGAGCCACUGAGCUCGAUUGCAUGUGGUCAUACUGAUCAUGGGUUUAAACUUUUCUUAACCAUCAGCUAUGUAGUAUGUGUAGCAACCUAUCUCGUUAUGGUUUGUAUGGAAUUAACCAUGUUUUUCCGCCAUUAUUGGCAUAUUAAGUAAUUAAGUAAGAAGUUGAAUGGCAA